AUGUAUAAGGAAUUAUCGAUUUCAUCUGAAGUCCCUAUCGCUAAGCUGCGUAAAGCGGUGAAGGAUGGUAAACUAAAUCUAACUAAGAAGGAGCUAAACGGUUCUGGGGCUACUCUUCAUGUGCAGCCUGAAUCGUAUAGCAAAGCUCAGAAAGCAAAAAAGGCUAACAAGGGAGUUCGUCUUUUCAUCACCAAGCAUGAGAUCGAACACCCUAUUAUUGAGAAGAGUGGCUCUGGUAUGCAUGGAGCCUCUAUUUGGGGGAAAAAUUGA